CACCUAAAAAUUUUAUCACUAAAGUCAUUAUUGGGUUAGACCACAAAGCACAGACAAAACAGAAAUUAGACCAGAAGCCCUAUCAUCUAGAAAUGGGUUGUUUUGGUUUCUGUAAUUGAAUCUUAGUACCUUAAAGGAAUGAGUCCCAGGACACAUAAAAUUGAUGAGGAAGAGAACACAGAAGUGCCAGUGCUCUGUGAUUCGAGCCCCUGAACACAUAAAAAAACUAGAGGCCAGUGUAAGGAGGAUAGAGGUUUGUGAGUGAGGAAAAGAGUAGCUGAAAAUAAAUACUACACACACAGUUGCUGUUUUUUUGCAUUUGGCAGUGCUACUUAUAGCACAGUUAUAUCACUAGUCAUUUCAAUUAUUCUCUAAGCCAGGGAGAAAAUUAUCAGGACUUCCUUAGAAAAUCUGUAAUUUUAGGUGCGCAUUUCCAGUUCAGGAAAAUCAGCAUUUUUCCUGAAUGCUUGAAUUUGACUAAAGGGAACACUGGAUUUAUGUUAAAGGAUCAUUGGGGAGAGGCUGGGUGGAGAGAAAACAGAGGGGAGAAAAGCUAAAAUUAAGUUCGUUUUUCAUUUACUUACAUACACAAUGCAGUCUUACACAUAUUACAUACUUAACCCAUUUAUUCUUCACAGAGGUCUGUAAAACGGUGUUUUCCUGAUUGGCCAAAAACAAAAGGCUUGAGGAGUGCGUUUACAUUUUUUUUGUCUAGGCUCAAACCCACCAAAUGACAGUCCUGGGAUUUGAACACCAAUCUCUCUGAAUCUAAAGCUCAUUCAUACUCUUUUCACAGGAGUAUAUAUUGCCUUUUAAACUACCAGAAUUAUUAUCACAGUUUAUUGGUUUCUUGUAAGGUGUUGGUAGCACUUUGAUUGGCAUGUCUUGGGGGCGCCAUCUUUAGUUCUGGGUAAUAAAGCCAGUAUAGUUUCCUUUACCUUCCACCUUAGUAUUGAGAGUAAGCAUGAGGUCACUAUCCUAGGAGGACUCAAUGAAUUUGUAGUGAAGUUUUAUGGACCACAAGGAAGUAAGUAUAUGUGUUGCACCGUAUGAAGGCGGAGUAUGGAAAGUUAGAGUGGAUCUUCCUGAUAAAUACCCUUUCAAAUCUCCUUCUAUAGGAUUCAUGAAUAAAAUUUUCCAUCCCAACAUUGAUGAAGCGUCAGGAACUGUGUGUCUAGAUGUAAUUAAUCAAACUUGGACAGCUCUCUAUGAUCUUACCAAUAUAUUUGAGUCCUUCCUGCCCCAGUUGUUGGCCUAUCCCAACCCCAUAGAUCCUCUCAAUGGUGACGCUGCAGCUAUGUACCUCCAUCGACCAGAAGAAUACAAGCAGAAAAUUAAAGAGUACAUCCAGAAAUAUGCAACGGAGGAGGCACUGAAAGAGCAGGAAGAGGGCACCGGAGACAGCUCAUCGGAGAGUUCUAUGUCUGACUUUUCGGAAGACGAGGCCCAGGAUAUGGAGUUGUAGUAGAAAAAGCACCUGCUUUUCAGAAAGACUAUUAUUUCCUAACCAUGAGAAGCAGACUAUAAUAUUCAUAUUUAAACAAAGCAAUUUUUUUUAUUACUAAACAAGGUUUUUAUGAAUAAUAGCAUUGAUAUAUAUAUAUUAUAUAUCACCCUUUAGAUCUUGAUUUCUUGGUCAUUUCUCAACCUGAGGUGCAUAGCAUAUUCCCACAUUCCAUUUUGGUAGCAAUAUGCGGUCCGAAUGCAUGCAUUGAUAAGUCCAUUUGGCCAAGUCAGCCUGUGUGCUACUGAACUGUAAAAAGGAAUAGCCGCUCUGAUAGAUAGGCCUGAGUCAAAAUAACAGGAAAAAGUCGCUUCUUUUAUUGAUGGUUCCAAAGAAACAAACCAAAACCAACCAGCUCUCGGACAUGAAGAUAGAAUAGUGCUUUUUCAAAACGGAAAGGAAAAAAUUGGGGAGGAAGAGGCCUGCUGUGGGAGCAUUCAGAGCCUGCCACGUCAGGAUCAGAGCUGCUCCUUCCUGUGCGUCCCAGGUGGCCCCACUUCUGUGGAGCAACAGUAUAAAACAGGGAGCUCUUUGGAGUAUGAAACUUAAAACGAUUUUUUUCGACUUGGAUUUUAAGUACAUUUUUAUAUGUAGAUUUCUGCCCUUCUUGCUACCAGGCCCUGCAGCCACAAGUGUUUUGUUUUGUUUGUUUGUUUUUGCUUUGGAGAACCUUUUGGAAAUGGUUUUGCUGAAUCUGAUUCUUUUUUCUUGGGGGUAGAACUUAUAUUCCAGACCAUUUUUUGAGAGGACAGGACAGGAGGAGAAAAGUGACUGGGAAGAAGCUUCCUCUCACGCGGCAGAGUCCGCCCUCAUCGUGCUGUUGGCCACUGUGAGACCGCUGCCCUGGACUGAGAGCUUUAACUUUGAGGAUGCUCGUGGGGGGUUUUGUUUCGAGGGUUUGGGUUGUUGGUGGUUGUUUGUUUUUUGUUUUUUUUUUUUAAUUUUGGUGUGUGUGCGUGUGUGUGUAUCGUGCUUAGGUUGCACAUUUAAUCUUCACCUUCCAAGAGAUGGCCUCCCCCUUGGACAGCCGCUCAGCGGACUGUUAGACUUGGGAAGAAGACCCUGCUGGCGGCUGUGCCUUCUGGGUCCUCUCACUCACGUUUUGACUGGGUUUCCUUCUGCUGGCGCCCUUGACAGCAGCCUGAGUCAUCAUCUGCCUGUGGAAAUGGGAAACGGGUAUUGUAGACCCAGCACACAUUCUAAAUUUAUAAUGAGUAAUAAUUGGAACAAAUAAAGGUUCUUGUACCCAAAGUGACUCUCCAUGGGAAAAACAGCUUUUUUUUUUUUUUUUCCUGAGUGAGACUGAAUAGGAAGAAAGGAUUCAGAAAUACGAUGUAGAACAGGUUUUGAAGGAAGAGAAUUUUCUCUCCUGUGUAUGUUAAAAGGAAAUCAGACAGUUUCAAUGCCUGCUAAUCAAAUGUUUACUCAGCUAACCAUGUGUCCAGGUUGCUGGCAGAGUUUCUUUCCGAUCUGAGUGUUGCCUGCUGAAUUUGGAGAACUUCAGACAGUAGCUCUGGGGAGUUUUGCUUUUGUUUUUUGCCACAACCAAUAGGACAAUAGCAGAAUUAGCCGAUCCUGAAAUCUCCUGAAGAUGAUUUUUGAAUGUCCUACUGGGAGAAUUUAAUCUUUCUUUUUGAUGUGUGUUUUUAGUUUAGAAGUGCUAUAUUCCACAAGAUAUGAGUCACUGAAGUUGGAAGAUACCCUGUCUUUUUUACUCAGAAAGCACAAUCACUCUUUUCUUUGAAAAUCUGUAUAAAGUACAACCUGUUUUUAGCAUGAUUAUUUUCCUAAAUAAAAAGCAAAUAAUUUACUUAUGUUAAUUACGGGCAUGAAGCAAAAGGUUUUCUUAAAAAAAAUUAAAAGUGCAGUUAAGUAGGGCUGUGGUUAGUUCAUGUACUGAGUUAUCUCUCUAGCAUUUGUGGCUUGUUGGAAGGGUAGUAUUAACUAUUUAACAUGUAAUGGUGUACUUUAACUCUUAUCUAGCACGUUGUCUUCUCAUUACUUUGGGGGAGGGAGGGUCUCUGCUGGCACUGUCUAACUUGCUUACCUGCUGAAUUAGCAGUUUGCUUGUGCUAUAACCGUAAUCUGUAGGUGCGACUUAGGGUAGGCUUAAAGUGCUGGGUGGUGAUUUGAGUUCAAACAAUAAAAAAUUGUAUUUUUUCAA